AUGGGCGACAUCUACGCCUCGGCGAUUCCCACAGCUAUUUGGCUUGGAAAAGAGUCGGCCGAGCAGGCAUGGAAGCACGAUUUUAAGUUCAUCGAUAAACACCAUGCCGAGGCGAUAUUAUAA